AUGCCGAGAUCAAUGUCCACCCCACAAGCAGAGAGGUGGUGGGAUCUCUUUGCAAUCGAUCUCAGUCAUGCAACAGUAGCGUCAAACGCCUCAACCAUUACACCGUCUAGUAAGUUUAAGAUUGAAGAUGUAACUCAAUGGAUUGAUAGAGUCAUCUCAUUUUAUUUCAUUCUCGUUCUUGAUGACCACAGUUUAACAAGCGCUCAUAUACCUAACGAAUCUCUCAUCACUUCCAUAAAACCAUUCCCUACAACUCACUGCUUUACAACCAUCUCCAGAAAUCCAGCAUCUACUUCGGGUUUUUAA